UCCAUCCAUCCAUGACUGGGGCUGCAAAAGCUGCCCCUCAUCCAGCCAGUUCACCAACUGGUCUAGCGCCUGACAGGGUAGACCCCACCAUAUAUCACUGGAUGAGCUACUACUCACCUCCAAUAUAGGACCUUUAGGAUAUACCACGACGUCUGGCAGUCCCAUCAUAUGAAAUCCAUCCAUGUUUACCUAUAUACCUGACACGUUGACUUGCCCUACGCCCAGCGAGAGUAUAGGCACUUUGCCAGUUCGUCUCAACAAUCUAUAACAGCUCCUUAAAGACUCACUACCCUGUACUCACCGCUUUGCAUCCUCUGGACAUUGCUCUCAAGUAAUUCUACCUUUCCAAUCAAGCUCACAACAAAGGAUGAAGCGCUCACGAGAGCUCGAAGAAGAGUUAGAUUCCGAUUCUGAACAGACGAACCCGGGACCGUCCCUACGUCCAGUGUCAAAAGUGACUCAGCUUGAAUUCGCCAUCGACGACGAAGAGGAUACCAUAGCCAUGAGAUGCAACUUGCCUCCGCACAGAGAGCCUCUGGCCUUCAGGUCCUACGACGAAUACGAGGUCCAUUACAACAAGUCUCAUACUAACAGGUGUCUUGAAUGCCACAAGAACUUCCCAAGCGAACAUCUGCUCAACGUCCACAUUGAAGAAUACCACGACCCUUUAGUAACUGUAAAGCGGGAACAAGGCGAGCAUACUUACUCGUGCUUUGUCGAGGGAUGUGAGCGUAAGUGCAUGACACAUCAGAAGAGGCGUAUGCAUCUCAUCGACAAGCACAUGUAUCCAAAGAACUUCUUCUUCGCCGUCACCAGAGACGGUAUUGACGGUAGGCGGUCCCUGCUAAAUGAUGGCAGUCAUCAUCGCCGCCGGUCAUCGACCAACUCGCAAGCUAUCAAGAACUCUCGACGUCGCGCUAGUCUCAUGGAGGGCGAGAAUGUCUCUUCACAGCCGGAGGUCAAAUCAAAAGAGUCACCAAAGUCACCAGCGGUGAAGAACGUGGAAAACAAGCAGGAAAAGGACAAGCCAGCGGACACAGAGAUGGCAGAUCUUACAGGUGCCAUGUCGUCACUAUCCUUUGUCCCACCGAGUGUCCGGUUUGGACGUGGAAGAGCUGGCUUUUCCAAAAGAUGAAGUAAAUAUGAAGUUUCAGACUGGGUAGGAGUAUCAGCACACUUUUGGUAAACACAUGAUGCGGCCAAUGAAAGGAUUUUCUACCUCAUCGCGUCGAUAUGUAUCGCUUUUGCCUCGAAUCGUUAUCGAUGCGUAUUGAUGAAUUAUUUAUACGCCCAACGCCGUCUCUUCCUUUGAACUUGCAGGUGUUUCCUCCAUCUAGGUCGCCUUCAUAUUCGCGCUUGUCGUGUCUAGUCGCU